UCUGGGUUUGCGCGGGGCCGAGGAAUUCGACCGCCGGGCCAGGGAGAAGGACCAGAAGGAGAGGGCCGACAGGGAGCGGAAGACCAAAGAGAUGGUCGACACGCUGCACGAGCAGAUGAAAGAGAAGUCGGAGAGGUGCCUGGUGGACGAGGAGGCGAACAGGGUCCAGGUGGGCGUCUGGAGGAAGCAGCUGGCGGAGUUCGAGGCCGCGGAGGAGAAGAAAAAGGUCUGGCAGAAGGAGGCGAGGCACAACGUGGACCAGCAGCUCGUCGAACAGAUGCGCGAGAACGCCAAGCGGCACCCCACCGAGAAGGGCGAACCGCACCUCGGGGAGGCCCUGAAGAUCAGGGACGUCGCUUUCAACCGGCCCCUGUACGAGAAGAUGUCGAGGGAGGGCUUCAUGGAGGACGUCACCGGCCCAGCACCGCGAAGUUUAGCAAGCUGGACCCGCACCCUUCGGUGGGCCGCUCCCAGCAGCACCUUGACGAGUCGGAGGUGA